AUGAAGUUGCUCUUUGCUUUUGCUCUUCAAGCUCUUUUGUUUUCUGCGGUGGCUCAAGCCUCCUUUAUCCGCCGCAGACCACAUGACAGUAUCCUGCAUCGUCGGAAUGACGAUGAAGGUUUACUUGGUCAUAUUCAUGACGAUGUUUCAUCCCUAUGGAAUGGUUUAGCUGGAUCCCACAGUGACUCUUCGUCAUCAUCCGCCUCAGAUUCUUCGUCCGAAGGUCGUGUAGCUCACACAAAUUCAAGCCACGACAGUUCAUUGGUGGACUGGCUCAAUGGCGUGUUAGGUGGAAUCUGGCAUGGCGAUGGCAACCACGGGUUCUACAAGACCAAUCCUAGUUCCGGUCGCCUAUUAGCGAACAAACCCAAGUUGGGUCUAGCGUGGCCGAAUGGUGGAUCUAUGAAUAUCACUCAUUUUAUGACGAAGAAAGUAUCUUGGUUUUACUCAUGGGAUGCCACGCCAGGUUUCUCUCCCGUCCCAGAAAACAUCACAUUCUGCCCUAUGCUCUGGGGUCAAAACAAGAUUAGCCACUUUAAAAAGCAUGUUCUCGGAAACAUUAACAGCGCAAACAAUGCUGGAAAGUGUGUUCUAGGUAUGAACGAGGUCAACCAGCAAAAUCAAGCAAAAAUGUCCGAGGGUGAAGCUUGCUCCAUGAUGCGCGAGAACAUUAUGCCACUCAAAGCCCAUGACUUCUACGUCGUUUCGCCCGUAACCACUAACGCUCCCAGUGGCAUGAAGUGGAUGAAGAACUUCCGCAAGCAGUGCUCAGAUGUCUGGAAUACGGUGGAUGCAGUUGCUGUGCAUUACUACGGCACGAACACGACAGAAUUCAAGCAAUAUGUAUCAGAAUGGCACGACACAUUUAACAAGCCUGUUUGGGUAACCGAAUAUGCCUGCCAGGACUUCAACGGUGGCGAGCAGUGCUCGGACUCGGAGGUCUACAGUUUCCACAUGGAAAUGGCGGUUUGGUUUGACAAGCAAAACUUUGUUGAAGCGUAUGCGCCAUUCGGCGUGAUGCAAAACUUGCAGGGUGUAAACAAGGCGAACAGUCUCCAAGAGGGUCGGGAACCCAACUUCAUGUACAAUUCCAUUUCCAGCGUCCCUUGA